AUGAAAAACAAAGAAAUCAAAACAGUCAAGUACUCAUAUGUGCCUGUUUUACGUAGUCUUGAAAAAUAUUUGCGUUUACUGGAAGUUCAAGCUGAUCUACAACGUGCAACAUCUGACUAUGAUCCUAAUUGUAUCGAAGAUGUUCAUGAUGGUCUUUUUGCCAGAAAUCAUCAGAAUUUUAAAAAUUCAAGUUAUAUCAAAAUUGAAUUAAAUUCAGACGAUUUAACUAUAACUAAUCCUAUAUCUCAUCGUGCUCAUUCUAUUUUCUUCUUCUACUGGUCCUUGCUCAAUGUUUCUAGAGAGAAACGUUCAAAACAAUCAGCAAAACGACUUGUUGCAGCUUGUCCAAAAUGGGCACGAAAGUAUAACUCUUUAUGUCAUACUGUUGAUGAUUUUUUAAUGGGAAUUAAUACACUUUCCACUACUGAUAGUAUAAUCGUAUCACCAUCAAUAUAA